CCGGGACUCCACCGGCCGGGGCGGGCCUGCCGGGUGGGGGGCGGGACGCCAGGGUCCCUGGGGGCGGGUGGCCACGCGGGGCGGGGCUGGGCCGUAGGGCGAGGGUUAACCCGCCCCUCCCCCGUCCACCUGCUGUCCCCUUCCCCCGCGUGCCCUGGUCUGACCCUCGUCCCCUCCUUUUCCCGCCCCUCCCCCUCGGUGGCAGUGGCGGCGGCUGCUGUUGUCACCCACCGGGCCGCCUGUCCCGCUUGCCCUCACUGCCGCGGGGCUGGCUAGGCUAGCCGGGCCGGGGACAGGCGGCCACCUCCUCAUCGCCGCCGCCGCCACCGCCGCUGCCGCCAUGCUGGCCGCUCGCCCACCGCACUGGGGCCCCCAUCGCGCUCCAGCCCCCCGUGGGCCCAGCGCCAGCCCUGACCCGGGUCUCAGCGGCGGUGGCAGCCGAGGUGCAGGAUGCGAGAAGGCGCCCCCCGGCCGGGCUCCCGCUCCAGGCCUCACACCCCUGCGGCCCUCUGAGCCCACCAUGGCCGUCCCACCAGGCCAUGGUCCCUUCUCUGGCUUUCCGGGGCCCCAGGAACACACACAGGUAUUGCCUGAUGUGCGGCUACUGCCACGGAGACUGCCCCUGGCCUUCCGGGAUGCGACCUCGGCCCCGCUGCGCAAGCUCUCAGUGGACCUCAUCAAGACCUACAAGCACAUCAAUGAGGUAUACUAUGCGAAGAAGAAGCGGCGGGCCCAACAGGCGCCACCCCAGGACUCGAGCACCAAAAAGGAGAAGAAGGUCCUGAAUCACGGCUAUGACGAUGACAACCACGACUACAUUGUGCGCAGCGGCGAGCGCUGGCUAGAGCGCUAUGAAAUUGACUCUCUUAUUGGCAAAGGCUCUUUUGGCCAGGUGGUGAAAGCCUAUGAUCACCAGACUCAGGAGCUGGUGGCCAUCAAGAUCAUCAAGAACAAAAAGGCCUUCCUGAACCAGGCACAGAUUGAGCUGAGGCUGCUGGAGCUGAUGAAUCAGCAUGAUACAGAGAUGAAGUACUACAUAGUACACCUGAAGCGGCACUUCAUGUUCCGGAAUCACCUGUGCCUGGUGUUUGAGCUGCUGUCCUACAACCUGUACGACCUCCUCCGCAACACACACUUUCGCGGUGUCUCACUGAACCUGACGAGGAAGCUGGCACAGCAGCUCUGCACAGCCCUGCUCUUUCUGGCCACGCCUGAGCUCAGCAUCAUCCACUGCGACCUCAAGCCUGAGAACAUCCUGCUCUGCAAUCCUAAGCGCAGCGCCAUCAAGAUUGUGGACUUCGGCAGCUCCUGCCAGCUUGGCCAGCGGAUCUACCAGUAUAUCCAGAGCCGCUUCUACCGCUCACCAGAGGUGCUCCUGGGUACACCCUAUGACCUGGCCAUCGACAUGUGGUCCCUGGGCUGCAUCCUUGUGGAGAUGCACACCGGAGAACCCCUCUUCAGUGGCUCUAAUGAGGUGGACCAGAUGAGCCGGAUUGUGGAGGUGUUGGGCAUCCCUCCCGCACCUAUGCUGGAACAGGCACCCAAAGCUCGCAAGUACUUUGAGCGGCUGCCUGGGGGUGGCUGGACCCUACGAAGGACAAAGGAACUCAGGAAGGAUUACCAGGGCCCUGGGACACGGCGGCUGCAGGAGGACCUGGUGCUGCGCAUGCUGGAGUAUGAGCCCGCCGCCCGCAUCAGCCCUCUGGGCGCUCUGCAGCAUGGCUUCUUCCGCCGCACGGCCGACGAGGCCACCAACACGGGCCCGGCAGGCAGCAGUGCCUCCACCUCGCCGGCGCCCCUUGAUACCUGCCCCUCCUCUAGCACCGCCAGCUCCAUCUCCAGCUCUGGAGGCUCCAGUGGCUCCUCCAGUGACAACAGGGCCUACCGCUACAGCAACCGAUAUUGUGGGGGCCCAGGGCCCCCCAUCACUGACUGUGAGAUGAACAGCCCCCAGGUCCUACCCUCCCAGCCUCUGCGCCCCUGGGCAGGGGGUGAUGUGCCCCACAAGACACAUCAAGCCCCUACCUCUGGCUCAACAUUGCUGGGGACUGGGGCCCAGUUACCCCCACAACCCCGUUGCCUUGGACGACCCCCAUCACCCACCUCACCACCCCCCCCAGAGCUGAUGGAUGUGAGCCUGGUGGGCAGCCCUCCAGACUGCUCUCCACCUCAUCCAGCACCUGCUCCCCAGCACCCGGCUGCCUCAGCCCUCCGGACUCGGAUGACGGGAGGUCGACCACCUCUCCCGCCCCCUGAUGACCCUGCCACUCUGGGGCCUCGUCUGGGCCUCCAUGGUGUACCCCAGAGCACAGCAGCCAGCUCAUGACCCUGCCCCCUCCCUGGGGCCCCUCCUGAAGCCAUACCCCCCCAUCUGGGGGCCCUGGGCUCCCAUCCUCAUCUCUCCCCUUGACUGGACUUGCUGCUACCCAGCUGGGGUGGGUGAGGCCUGCACUGACUGGGGCCCAGGGCAGGGGGUCAAGGGAGAGGAGUUUGGCCGCACCCCUCCCCACUAAGACUGGACCCUUGCCCCCCCUUCCUUGUUUUCUAUUUAUUGUACCAAAGACAGUGGUGGUCCGGUAGAGGGGAGAUUCCCCCUUACCCAGGGCCCUAGGAGGGGUGGGGGCAGGUAGGGGGAGAUGGCCUUGCUCCUCCUCGCUGUACCCCCCAGUAAAAAGCUUUCUCACAUGCCUGCCUGAGCGUUUGCAGGGCCUGGGCUCCCUCCCCUGACCCUCAGAGGCAUGGUGGGGAAGGUUGUGUGGGAAGGGGUGCUUUGUGGUAUGGGUAUGUCCCUCCUAGGGACAUCAUAGUUCUUGGUGCAGGCAUGGGGCAGCAGGAACUUGGUGGGCUGAGAAGCCUGGAUACAAGAAUCCUGGCCCAUAUUUGCCUUUUCCAGGGUGAAGGCCUCCUGGCCUGUUGCUAGCAAUUGUGAUGGUCUGCCCUCAUUGGUCAGGGCUUCCACAGAGUCCACGCACAAGUGGCUUUUUUUUGGUCAGGCAAGCAUCUGGUAGGUUGUGGGUGUAUUCGGCAGGCCUUCUUAGGUACCAUCGGGGGAGCAGACAGACAGUGGGUACAGAUUUUACCUCACCUGUGGCCAGCCCCACUCUGCAGUCAUUUCGAGUAUUGAGAUCUCGGGCAAAAAGACGCUCCCUGACUCCAGGUAAGUGAUUUUUUUGUUUCCAUGGCAAUUUGGAGCCAGCUGUCUGUCUCCCAACCAGUUUGUAAGAAUCACCUGGUUCUCGCACAAGGGGAGGGUGCGGUGACUCCUGGGGGGGAGGUGGAGUUUCUACACGGCCAGCUCAUUGCUCACUUUUCUUGAGAACUCCAAAGCCAGACGUCUCUGCAGACAUGGCUGAGGCUGGUGUUAAGUAAGCUAUAAGGCAUUAUGGCUCAGAUGUUGGAGGAUACAUAGUACAGGUUGAUUGGAUGGUGCUGGUGAGCAGGAAUAGGGUGGGUAGGGAGGGAGAGCACUCAGCCAGCCUUUCACGGCCAAGCAAUGGAGAGGACAUGAGCAAGAGCCUGUUGUGGGAAACUGACGGCAGUGGUCGUGUUGAGAAUGCCAGUUAAGAUUUUUUGGAGAUCUUUGGUUAUCUAGAGAGCUGGACUUUUUUGAAAGGACUGAGGCACCAUGAGAAAGGAAGGUGCACAGCUCAGUUUUGCCACAGUGUGGAAGUACAUUACCAGGAAAUGACAGCUCAUGGCAGUGCCCUAGGCAAGAGUGGCCUAGGAUGUGACAGGGGGUGGGGGGUGUUGAGAAGGCCAAGAAAUGACAGGUGAGCUCUCCAGACAACUAAGUUGAAGGAUAAGGUAGAGAGAGGCAGGAAAGGGAGGUCUCCAAUAUAUACAGCACCCCGUCCCCUGUCAAUAGAGUCUUGGUUGGUGGUUUUGUUUUUUAAUUAUGUGUUCUCUUGGUGCUGGGGUGGAAUCUAAGAAACCCCAGGUGCUAGGCAAGUGUUCUACAUGCCUAGCCUCCCAGUAAAAAGAUUUUGAAUGAACAGUCGUAGAAGACAGGACCUUUCUAAACUUGGGAAUAAUUCAGGCAAAGGGAAGUUAUUCUUCUAAGGUCACACAACCAGGAAGUGGGCUCAGGUUGCUGUGCGUGGGUGCACUGGUCAUUAAUUUAACAAGGCUUAUUUGAGCCUAGAGGCAUCUGCGGGGCCAGAUCCCGUAGGCCCUGUGAGGAAUGUGGAAUGGGCAUGGAAUAUCAUUUGUAUUGUGGUUGAGAACCAAUGCCCAGGCUCCAGGCUGACUGAUGACCUGAUACUUCUUUGGUAUUUCCAGGGUACUCUCAUAAGUUCAGGCAGGUGAAAGCCUACAGCAUCCUCCUCAUUGGUCUUCUGCCCUCACCAUUUCCCCAUGUAACCAAAGAGAUUUUGGACACCUAUUUUUCCCUCCCUGCUGAGAAUCCCUCUGGACUCCAUCUCACUCAGGGUAAAAGUCCACACACAUCCUUUCUGUGACCUCUGCAUCCUCACCAUCCACCCUCAUCACCUGUCUGAACCAGUUGACUCUUUCAUUCUGCUCCAGCCACACUGGGCUCAGCCUUUACUCUUGGUAUUCUGUGCCUGGAUCUUUUGUCGAUAGACAGCCUGGACUCAAUGCCUGACGCUCUUCUGAAUCAUACUGCUAACAGCCUGACCUGACCAUUCUUCCUUUCACUUUUUCCUUGUAUCAAUCAUAUUGCUGCUGGCACAUGCUAAAAUUUAUCUUGUCAACUGCCUCCCCUUCGGUGAGGCCUUGAACUUCUUGGAAGCAAGUAUUUGGGUCACUCAUGCUUUAUUUUAUCUCCCACACUGACGAAUGUGUGACACCCCUCAGGCUCACUGUCAGAUGAGUACUUGAGAGCAUAGAUGCAGCCUCCUGGGUGUCCCACAUCCCCUUCUAUACAAUAAACAUUGCUGCGAACUCCAGCGGUGAGCAAUGUGGGAAGACAACAGAGAGGAGAGGAUAGUUGCUGUGCCGUGAAAGACCUCAGUCAAGGUGGAGUCAGUCGGGUGGCAUAGCAGUGGGAAGGGACUUGAGAUCAAGAGCAUUGAAGUCUGGAUUAGGGGUUUCUGACCUGGCUCCUUGGAAGACUAUCCAGGUCAUAGGGUCGGCGUCAGCUCUAUUCAGAGAAGUGCAUGUGAUGAUUGGGACCCAGAGGCUGAGGAGGAACACAAGGCCAUACCUUGUCCAUCUGUCCCCUAUACCCUGUGUUCUCCCUCAUCCCCAUGUCAUCCCGUACCCUAUCCCACCCCAUGUAUGGAGAGUUGCAGCAGAAUUUUAAUCAGUGGGACGCAGUGUAAGGUUAGCUAUGUUGGCACUUUGUUUCAUUUUAGAUUCAUAUACAUGCAUAUUUUGCCAUGUUCGUGCCUUGCGCCCUCAGAAGUCAGAAGAGGGCAUGAGAUCCCUGGAACUGGAGUUAGGGAUAGUUGCAAACUACUAUGUGGGUGCUGGGAACUGAACCCAAGUCCUCUGGAAAAACAGCCAGUAUUAACCACUGAGCCAUCUCUAGCCCCAGUUGUAUAUUUUUAAAGGUACCCCUGAUGGGUCUUACAAUGGCUACACUUGAAGACAGUCCCUAUUGUGUGCUGUUUCUACUCAAGAUGAGGAAUCCCUUCCCCUUGAGUAAUGGCUGUGCCAGAGAUCAACACAAGAACACUGAGCCAAGUGGCCUUAGCAGGUCUGACAGCCUCCUCUGUCAUCCCUGCUUCCCUGAUUUCUUUUUUGGUUUUUUCAAGACAGGGUUUCUCUGUGUAGCCCUUGCUAUCUUGGAAUUCACUCUGUAGACCAGGCUGGCCUCAAACUCAAGAGAUCUGCCUGCCUCUGCCUCCCGAGUGCUGGGAUUAAAGACAUGUGUCAUCACCACCAGCUCCCUGAUUUCUUUAUAGAGGUCAGCAUCUGCCCUACCUAUUUCAGCUGUGCCAGGUAUGCUCAUGGCAUGGUGGACUUUCUAACUUAGCUGACACUACCCUGGAGCAGAGACCUGAGUCUUCCUCAGGCCACUCCCCUGGGCCUUGUCCAUAUUCCAGAAUCAUGAAAUAAACAAUUGCGAUUUUUUUAUGACACUGUUUUAGGAUGGUUUGCUUCUCAAUAGCUAACCAAAAUAAGGCAGUAUUUUAAGUCAUACAAAGGUAAGAUGUAUAAUAUCACGUGAUAACUGAUUGAAUCCUCACAGGUGUUGUCAUACCCCCCAUACAGAUGAAAAGUCAAGGCAUUGCAAGGUACCUUGUCCAUAGGAAGUCCUGAGUGCUCAGUCACUACUACCAACAUUGUGUCUGUCCUGAUAGGUGUUGAGGAGGUGGUGGACAGGUGAAUGGCCUUACUCUUAGGAGAGUAGCUGUGGGCUAGUCCCUUGGCAAGAUGGAAAGAGCAGCCCAUGCUUGGUGUGGUUGGAGUUCCAUGGAGUCAGUUUGCUUCCGACUCCAUAGGGAAUCCAGCAGGUUGUGGUAGAGCCAAAUCAGAUUGAGCCUCUGGUUACUGGGAAGCCAUUAUGUCCCAGUGAGCUGUUGCUCCUGUUCACUCCUUGUUGGUUCUUUCAGUCACAGGCACUUGCCACUUUUGGGCGAUGCAAGUGCUACAGCAGCAGUCAAGUGGUUCCAAAGCCUGCAUCCCAGGGUCAAGGGGAAUGUUAGUGAAGAGCCAUAGACACUGAGAAUCAGAGGGAGGGCCAGAGACAGGAGAGCUCUGUAAGGAAGGUGUCUUUGAGGAAAACAUUAAAGAACUAGGCCAAAGGGGAGGGAAUCAUAUAAUCUUAAGGAAAGAUAUUCCUGCCAGGAAAAGAAGCCAGUUCGAAGACCCCAGGGUAUGCAAGAGAGAAGGGAAAUUGGACAGGAGUGAAGAGAACAAGGACAAAGUCCACGAGAUGAUGUCAUGAGGGCUUGACUCUCGCACUGAGUAACAUGGAAAGCAUCAGCCCCUUUGAGCUAGAGCGCUGAGCUCUGAGGUGCCUCCACCGACAGCUGUGUGGGCAGUCCUGCUGGUGUUGAUGCAUGUGGCUUGGCCAUAGCAGUAGCAGGAGAGGUGCUCAGUGUGGGGUGGAAGAUGAAGGGUGAGAGAAGCCCAUAGCUCUAAGUCUGGGAAGGAGGAAGGAUGCUGGCCUAUGUAUGGGAAAGAGCAGGCAGGUUAGGCACAUUUGACAGUGGUCAUUGUGUUGCUACUGUGAAAUCUCUGUGAGACCACAGAAGGGGAAGAUGGAGCCUAGGACUGGACGGCCACAGUAGUCUCUAUGUAGGAUGACUAACAUGGAGGUUACUGGGUCUGAAUAAUGUUGAAUUCAGGACUUCCCCACCUCAUCGUUGGUCCUGAACUGUGAAAGCAAGAGAAAGUCCUCCUGGGAGUAGAACUGAGUCUACUCAGUCCUCCUGGGACAGUGCCUGGCUCUCCAGCGCCAGACUGAGUCUGGCUCCUGCCUCAGCAUCCACUGAUUCCUCUUUCUGUGCAGGUGGCUAGCUGCUCUUGGGAAAACUCUUACCCCAGCUCUUUGUGGCUUUCCUGUCUAGCUCCCUGCCGCUCUUCCACUCUUGGCCCCAAUUCAGCUAGCUAGAGUUGAGUUGCAAGUGCCAGGAAUACAGGUCUGCAGCAGCUGAUGUGUGUCUGCUGCAAAGGGCUCUGUGACCCCAAGUCUAACAGUUAAAAUGUACUCAUGGUUGGUAUAAUAGCUCAAGGAUUUGAACCUGGAAUUUUGGUGGGGGAGGGAGGUAAGCGGUCCGUUUAUGUGCGUGGAUCUGAGAAGUAGGCAGGAAACACUAGCAGCGGGCAUCCCUGUAGAAAGUAGUGUAGCAGGCUCUGAGCUGAGGCGGGCUCACAGUUAGGUCAGGAGCAUUUCUUCCCACAUGUGUUCCUGAGAAGCAGACAUAAUGAUGGUAGGGCCAGCCUCUGCCUUCACCAUACACAAGCCGGUGGGAGGGCAGGCUGCCUUCAGACAGUGGUCAAGGCUGAGACGGGGAAACAGGCUUGAGUAAGUCAUGGUGGCACAAUGAAGAGGUUGCAAAGGGCUAUGCCUGGCCCAGUCUGAGGUGUCAGAGAAAGGAGAUGGGGGUGAGGCGUACAGGAGUCAGAUGGUAGCUGUGGACCACUGGAGCCCAAUCAGGGAGGAAACUUUCAUUCAAUAAUUUUAGGUUUGUAGAAAAGUGUCAGGGAUCAUGCAGAGGCUGUCGCCAGAUGGACCCAGCUCCCCUGGUGUCAGUAUCUUCUAUUCUAGGACACCCACCAAAGCUAAGACACCGAUGCCUGCUGGUGUUGGCUUAGCUCCAGUUUUCUAAUCCCAUCUCUCCCAUUUGCCUUUGAACAUCCUUCUUCUGUUCCAGGUCUAGCCCAGGGGGCCAUACUUCGUGUGUCUUCAGUCCCAGACCGGGACCGUUCCUCCAGCCUUCUCUUCUCUGCAGGGCAGUGUUGAGUGACGGUGCUCAGCGAUUCACAGAGUGAUGUCUGUCUGGAUUUGUUAGUUUUUUUCUCAUAGCUAUAUAGGGAUUGUAAAUUCCACUUCUAUUGUCUUUCUUUAAGAAGUGGUCACAAACUUCACCUCACACUCAAAGUGAGGAACACUAAGCUCUAAUCCCUGGAGAGAAAACUGUCUGAAGGGUUUGUAUCCAUGUGCUAAAACUACUGCAGCCCAAUAGUCUGCUUUCUGUUGAUCUAGCAAAGUACCUGAGACUGGGUCAUGUAUGGAGAAGAGCUCAGUCCUGGAACUGAAAGUCCAAGGCAGAGCAGCCCCAUCUGUGUUGAUGACUUGAGGCAGACGCCAUUGUGUCUGAAGGAUCAGCAGUAAGACAGGCAGCCAGACAGUGAGGAAAGUCAGGCUUGGUGUUUAUAUGUUCAUGGGAACUAACUGUACACAUGUGUACAGAGAGUGCCCUCCAGUGACAACAUUACCAAGAACAUCAAGCUUCUAAUACAUGCCCUUCUGAGCAAUGUUCACACCUUCCAGGGCAUCAUAUACAGUAGUUAGCAGACGCAGGACACGGUGGGACAGUGACAGUGGCCCCGCUCCUGAGGAUCACCACUGUUGGCACUCCUCCCCAGUGGUUCUGACCUAUGGCAUUCUGAUGAGAAUGUGUUUUGUUAGCUUAUUUCUGUCACAGUUGUGUUGGCAUGCACUCGAGGCAUCCGUUUCCUGUCGGUGUAGCAUACCCAGUGUUGCUCUGACUGGGUUUGUUUUGUCCAAGCUGCUGCUGCCUUCCAGGCAGGCUCCUGUAUCCUCCCUGCUGUCUCUCCUUGAGUUUUCUUUUUCUACACCAUGUCACAGGUUCAAGGGCGUUUCUCCAGGCAGCUCUGAACCCUUUUACUGAAGAACGGUAUUAGACUCAGGUCCAGGCAUGGGGCAUGCCGAAGGCAUCACCCAUCUGUAACCCCACACACACGCAAACUCUGCAUUCCACUGUUCAGGCAUCUGACUCAGGUCAGCACCCAGGAGCCACACAGAUUCCCACUUCCUUUGGACCUUCUUUGUGGCAAGCAAAGCCCUUUUCUGUGCUCUUUGUUCUUGUGGCCAUCUCAGCAGAAGCCAGCAGCUUGGCCAGGCCUGUGUUCAAGGCACUUCUCUCUGCAGGCAGACUGCCUGCCAUUCUGCUGGCCCAAGAGACAGCAUCUAGCAAGUCCCAGUGUUUUCCUAUUUACUGUCUGAGGGCUCUCCACGCUCUCCUCACUCACCGAAGUCUCACAGUCAACCUUGUUUCCUACCUGUGCUGGUGUGUCUCCUAGUCCUUACCCCUGGUAGUCCUUGGGCUCUUAGCUCUAUAUGCUGCCUCACCCUGACCUCUCUCAGAGUGACUCCUGCAUGGCCACCAGCUCACCUAGCUUGUCCACUGAGGCUUGCAUCUCCCUUCCGUCACUGCCUUACCUACUGCCGUCCUCCCACUCCCAACCUCCUCCGUUUUCAGCCCAAUUAAACUCUGGGAAACCAGUAAGAAGUUGCACAGUGUGUAGCCACAAGGAAACAAACCUCCAGGAACAGUUCAUUCCUGCAAAGGCCCCACCAAGUGGGAGGGGAAGGAGGUUUGCCUCUUUGAUCUUCUUGAAUCACGUCUACGCAGCAGCUCCUGUCUCUUACACAUAUUCAAGCCGCCCCUCCAGGCACCUUCAGAUGUCACCAUCCCUGCCUAGAGUCAGGGCUGUGCUGUGCUGUGUGUCAUAGCAUCUGGAGUAGCUGACAGAUUUUCUGGGUGUUGGCCACGUUAAGAGACUACUACUGUGGAGUCUGGCUGUGAGGACAGCGAGUUGGUGUCCAUGAGCUGUCAGUGUGGCCAUUCGAUCCAUCUUAGAAUGACCAGUGUGGUGACAUGGACCUGUCCCAGCUCUUGAGAGGCAGAGGCAGAUGACCACGUUUUGAGGCUAGCCUGGUCUCAAACUGUACCAAUAACUGCUGACCCUUCACAGUAGUGUCUUCAAGCCAGGCAGUCUGGAGUCCUUUGUAGGCUUGUGUAGUUACUGCUUAGUUUCCUAGAAGAUGUUCUGGGGAUAGAGCUGGGCCUGAAGACUCAGCCACACCGUAGCCAAGAUUCAGUCACCUUAGAACAGGUUCUCAGUGAGGCAUCUGGCAUUUAAACUUCCCACCUGUUUUGUUUUGCUUAUGACAGAGCUUCAGCCCUUAGUACCUACAUGGCAGCUCACAACAUCCAUAACUUCAAUUCCAGACUCCAGUGCCCCCUGCUGACCUCUACAGUCACCAGGCACAUAUACAUACAUGCAGGCAAAACAUUCAUACACAAAAAAUAAGUUGUUUUUUUUUUUUUUUUUUUCUUGGAGCUGGGGACCGAACCCAGGGCCUUGCGCUUGCUAGGCAAGCGCUCUACCACUGAGCUAAAUCCCCAACCCCGCAAUAACUUAUUUUUUUUUUUAAAGGUAUGGUGGACCAGCCUUUAAUCGUGGCAUUUGGAAGCUAGAAGCAGGCAGAGUUCUGAAUUCAAAUUCAGCCUGGUUCUACAUAGCACCUGGGAGCUACCCAGGGAGCCCUGUCUCAAAAACAAGCCAAGGCCUCGUGCGGCCCAGAGCUUUGCCUCAAAUUCACUGUGGUUUGGCCUUGACCCCUGACUCCUGCUUCCCCUCCCAGCACGCUGGACCUCCAGGCCUGUGCCCACAAUUAGGCUCCAGCUUUUUCAGAGAGAAAGGCCCUUGGGCGCCUUUAGCCACUUUCUUCCUUGACCCCUCUGAGAGGAGGCAGUCGGAGUUCUGGUUGUGUCAUUUCUCCCUUUCAGAAGAGCUUCGGUGCCUGCCUUCACCAGCGGCUCAGACUUUCCUUUGUCCUCGGUCGUCUGAAGAAAAGGAAUUCUUCAUUUCAGGGAAAGAUUUAAACACCUAAAAGCAGAAAGCCCUAAUAUACUUCUGUGUCCCAAAAUUCUGCCUUCAUCUUUGUCCUGCUGGCUUCAUCCCCCACUUUGCUUGCUGCCCUAGCAAACUCACAAACGCAAUUAUGUCUAAUAGAGAAACUUUUUUUUUUUUUUAGCUUUUUGAGACAGUGUCUCAGUGUAGCCCUGGCUGGUCUUAAACUCACUCUGUGGAUCAGGCCAGUCUUGAACUCACAGAGAUCCACCCGCCCCUGCCUUCCAAGGGCUGGGAUUAACGGUGUGUACCACCAGGCCUAGCUAAUGGAAGGCUCACCACGAUUUGAUUCUCUGUCCCAAGUUACUCAUCUGCUGGCCAGCUGAGUACCUUCCUAGUCCUCUGUUCCCUUUCUCCUACUUUUCUGUGCAUGGUGUCGUGUCGCCCUGGAGAUCUUCCUGUAACCUUACACUCAGGGCCUGUCUCCUCAACUCUCUACGGCCUGAAAGUGAUCCUUCUUAAAGAUGGGCCAGGCUGUUUGGCAGUGAUGCCCCUGGAGUAGGACAUUUAAUCUGCCCAUGGCUGCUGGCCGCACUUGUGGCCUCUAACCUUAUUUGGCUUAGUUUCUGGGUCCCUGUCCUUUCCGGCCAGCUCAGACCUCCUGGGGUGCUCCUCACUCACUGUGACUUUGUGCAGAGCAUGUGGCAUCCGUACUCGUGGAUGAUGGCCAUCGCCUGCCUGGGAGCUUCGAGAGGGAAUAGAUCAGGCCAGUCUGCCCUGCUGUGUCCCCAGCA